AUGCUUGCAUCUCUCUACCGUGCACACACGUGGCUGGCGCUCGUGUGCCUCUUGACGGCCGUGCGCGCGUUCGACCUGGAUCCAUCGGGCUAUGCGUCGCUUACGCACUACGACUUACCCUCCAACUACGUCGCCUCGUGCGGCUGUGUGGGUCGGUCGACGUUCUACCCCACCGCCGCAUUGAACCGAUACGCCUACGGAUCCAAUACCUCCUUCGGCCCCUCGUGCGGAAGCUGCUUUGAGCUCCGACUAGUCUCAACGCCUUUGGCUCUGCCACCUCCCACGCCCGGCACCAACGAGCCUUGGGGCGAUGGAAUCUACUAUACCCCGCAGCAGGUCGCCUCGGGCUCGACACCCAACCUUGUGGUCAAGAUAAUUGAUCUUUGCCCCGGAGCAGGUGGACCGUGGUGUAACGCAACGCGAUUCGACAACGGAACGGUGCAAGGGAAUAGUUUGGGCUUCGAUGUGCACUUUGAUCUUGCUUGGCCAUCAAAGGCAAUAUCGAAAGGCUUCUUUCCGGGCGACCAUGAUUACGGCGCUUGGAACGUUAGCUAUCAAGCUGUCAGUUGCGAAAGGUGGGCGGGGUGGAAGGAUCGAGCUGCGCUAGGCUCGGAUUGGGACCAGCAGAGUUCGGCGUGUUGCCCGAACAAUCCAGUGCCGAGUGGACAGGAUCAAAUGUGCCCACCGUACUACGAUACCUUGGCUCCAACUCGGGCCGUACCGCCCAAUACCAGCAAUGUUCUGUCCAAGGGACGAUCCAACGCAGCAACAGGAAUGGUGGCCAACACUGCGCGCGUAUCCUUGGCAACCGCAAUCGCACUGCUGUCGGCUGCUCUGCUCUGCAUCUCUGCAGCUACCUUCGCCUUCGAGUAA